CUCUGCUAAAGUGCCCAUCUGUCAGCAAAUCUGCCACCGGAGCCGCCAUGAGUGUCUGUAGCUCCACACUCAGCGGUCCAGAGGACAUGGACGAGCUAGAGGCAGUUGGUUGGUACCAUUAUGAUUUGUCCCGACAUGCAGCUGAGGCUCUGCUCUUAUCAAAUGGGAUUGAUGGGAGUUUCCUGCUCAGAAACAGCAACAAAGGACCUGAAUGCUUUGCCCUCUCUGUCAGGGCAAAGGACUCAGUGAAGCAUUUUCACGUGCAGCGGAAGAAUGGGAGGUAUUCUUUUGGAUUCAAUGAGUUUUCAUCCCUUCAGGAUUUCACCAGCCACCUUGCCAAUCAGCCACUACUAGGCAGUGAAACAGGUAAUCUGAUAGUGCUGCGGUUCCCAUACCCCAGGCAGGUGGAGGAGCCAUCCAUUUAUGAGUCUGUGUGUGUGCACACUGCUAUACAGACAGGACGGAGUGAAAGUGACUUGGUCCCCAGUGCUCCUUCGCUUGGCACAAAAGAAGGCUAUCUGGUGAAACAAGGAGGCCUCGUAAAGAACUGGAAACAACGAUGGUUCACACUGAACAGAAAUGAGCUGAAGUACUUCAAAGACAAAAUGUUUUCAGAACCUAUUCGGACCCUGGAUCUGACCGCAUGCUCUGCCGUUCAGUUCGAUUACAGUCAGGAAAGGGUUAACUGCUUCUGCCUAGUGUUCCCUGAGAGGACGUUUUAUUUGUGUGCAAAAUCAGGUGUGGAGGCUGAUGAAUGGAUAAAAAUACUUCGCUGGAAAUUGUCACAGAUAAGAAAAGGAAGCUGAUGACCAAAAUGUGGAAAAAAGAAGGAACUGCUGGGAGUGUGAGCUAUGAGAACAGUUAUGAAUGAUAUAAUAAGACAAACUUAGAGUUCAGUAGCAGCUGUGGGUUUAUAUUUGCUCCUGUGGCCACUGUAAUCUGUUGUCAAGGUGUUACUGUGUGGUGUGAAGAAUGUCUGUGUCUCAGAUGUGACUCUGUAAGGAUGGCUAAGUAAUUCCUGACCUCCUGUUAUGCAGAUCACAUAUGGAGAUGGUGAAUUUCAGUGAUCAGGUUUAGAAAGAGAAUGGGUCUAAUGGCAUUUACAAACGGAGGUCAUUAAUGGUGUAACUAAUUAAGCUUUCCCCUGUGGAUCCAUGAAGUGCCUGUAGUACACUGCUGCAAUAGUGCAAAGGUAUUGAUAAAAUACUAAAACCCUGGAUGGAAACAUGAAUUUAACUUUGUACUGAGUAAGUAAGUAAAAUACAUGCAGCUACCUGAUGACUCCUACCUCAUUAAAUGGUUAGCAGUUGUUGAAAAAGGAUCACCAGUCAGAUUUUUGAUCAGUGUUUCAACUAUAAGUUUCAGUUUGUGUUAUUUACAGUCCACUCCAAAAGUAUUCGAAUUGCAAGGUCAAUUCUUUUGUUUUUGCUAUACAUUUGGGUUUGAGAUCAGAAGUUGAACAUCAGCUUUUAUUUCCUUAUAUUUGCAUAUAAAUGUGUUAAACAACUAAGUCUAUGUUAGUUACUAAGAACAUGGCACUUUUUGUUUGAACCCACCCAUUUUUCAAGUGAUCAAAAAUAUUGGAACACAUGACUGACAGGUGUUUCUUUUUGACCAAUUAGAUUGAUUGUUGAAACACUUAACAGCUCUGAAUGUCUUCUCUUGGUUUAAGCCAUGGGUUUUGUUGCGAAGACGCUAUUUGUUGUUAAAAAGGAUAAACCAACAAGACCAGAGAGGUGUCUAUGGGAGAAAAGCAAGCCAUUUUGAAGCUGAGAAAAGAGGGGAAAUCGAUCAGAGCCAUUGCACAUGCAUUGGGCAUAGCCAAUACAACGAUUUGGACUGUCCUGAAAAAUAAAGAAACCGGUGUACCAACAACCAGACAUUGAACAGGUCGGCCAAGGAAAACAAUAGCAGUCAGUGAUGAACAUUGUGAGAGCUGUGAAGAAAAACCCAAAAACAACAGGCUGCCGUCAUGAUGGAAAUUACAAAGUGGCCAACACAAAAAAGGACUUCAUCAGGGGGAAAAAAGUGGAAGGUUUUAGACUGGCCAAGCCCAUGUUUACAUUAGACCGUAUCAGCGGAUCAUCAGAUUAACGUUUUUAAAACGAUUAGUGUGCACACAGCAACACCAAUACACGAUUUGCGUGCACAUAGCAACGCCAAUACACGGAUACGCUCGGCUCCGCAGGCAUCCUGCGCUCCAAAUCACUCCACCCUGAACAGCGAGUGCCCUCUGGAGGGUGUGCACUCCGGCCCUGCGCAGCUCACACAGCGCGCGAGUGAAGUGCACAAGCCACGAUUCGGGACUGAGCCGCUGUGUGUGUGAUCCCAGCGCAUAUCACUUACUACUUGCAAGUGGAAGGAUGGCAAGCCUAAAGACAAUCAUAACUACACAAUGGGCAGUAUUUGCAUCAGUAUUUGCAGUAUUUUCAUACUUUUAUACUCUUUAAUGAAAGGUGAUACAAGGCGGAAGUCUGCGCCGUUUUUCAGCAGUCGUGUCACAUGACCAACGCCAGCGAAUCAGGAAGGUGGAUGUCACAGUGACAUUGUCCAAUGAGACGCCAGCUAGAGCUCAGCGCAGCGUAUCCGCGUAUUCUGAAUGUUUACACAGCACCGGAGCUGACACGAUCUGGAUUGAAUACGUGGAUGCUGGAGGAUUCCUGUUUCCUGGCGUUUCCAGGCGGUUUAAUGUAAACGGACAGUGCAUCCGCGAAGAAAACGAGACAGUGUAAUGUAAACGUAGCCCAAGUCAAGCACCAGUUGAUCACAUUCACCUCCUGAAGAGAGACUGAAGGGAUAAAUCCCCUAAAACAAACAAUGGAAAGAAGCUGCAGUAUAAGUCUGGAAAAGCAUUGCAACAGUUUAGUGAUAUCAAUGGGUCUCUGGCUUGAUGCAGUUAUUUGCAAGCAAGAUAUACAUACCAAGUAUUAAGUUUUGUUUACUUUUGCUCACCUAAUAAUUGGGUGGUCUGCCAUCAAAGGUGCCAAGUUGUUUAACACAUCUAGAUGUAAAGCUCAGGAAAUGAAAGCUGAAAUUCUGAUCUAUUGUCUCAUAUUCAUCUUUGAUCUUAAACCCAGAUGUCUUCAGUGUAUAGCAAAAACAAAAGAACUGGUCUUGUUCCAGUACUUUAGGAGGGGCCUGUCCACUGCAUUGGCAAACACUGAACAUCAAGACAGACAUUUAACACCAUAAACUACAGCUGGAAUUUCAGUCAACAAUGAUUUUCAACUUUUAUUCUUUAGCUCCAUUUGAAGAUAGCCAGAAGAUAUCUUUAACCCAUAAUAGCUGCUGAUAUGUUAAACAUGGCAGCAAAACUACCAUGUUAUGGGCAGCUAUACAUCCUGAUUGGAGUCAUUAGUUCAAAUAUUUGCUUUGUGUAGGAACAUGGAGCCAUUUUACUGGACCAAGUGCACCAAACUCUCUUAAAGUUUAAGUCACUACAUUUGUUGCUAAAUUGAGGAUGUCAGACACUUUUUACAUGGUCUCAUUAUAGACUAUUAUAAAUAGUCUGUGAAAUAAAUUAAAUAUUUCCCUCUUUAUUCAUGAGUUAUUUAAUAGCCGAAUUGUGCAAUAAAAGCUUUGCCAAAAGAA